AAUCAUCACUUUCUCUCUGAACAUCCAGUCGCCGAGUGGAGUUUCGAGUUACCUGGCCGCGCGCGCACACCUGUGACUGCAGUCACUCCUCAAUAAGACUUGUAUGUCACUUCCCUCCAACACUGCCAAACUCUCGACACUUUAUCCGUUAUUGUGAGCAAUGUAUUUGUUGUUGGUAUUGUCGCAGAUAGCCUUUCAGUGUGAUGCCCGGGGGUCGAUCAUUAAUGGUGCGUAACGCGAGGCGUAGAACGGUGUAUCCAAGCAACAAGCCCAGCACACUGAGUGGAUAUGGACAGGUGUAGCUACACGUUACAGAGGUGACAGGUGUAUUUUAAAGCACUUCAGUUGUGUUUAGUUGAUGUUACUUUGCAGCGUGGACUCAUAUUGUGUUUUACUGAGUGGGCAAACUCUGACACUGACUCCUGUGGAUUUUUUUUGGAGGAAAUAAUGACUUCUUCAGGUGCUCUGUCAGGGUUCAGAAGGGGCCCUUUGUAUUUCUUUGACCAGCCAUCAAGACGAGCUAAGGGGACGCGGAGCAGCAUUUUGCAUUUUUAUGUGGCACGUGAAGAAGCACGCUUGGAGGAAACAAUACAAAGUACUCGGGAGAAUGAUAACGAAGACAGUGACGGGCUCGCUGAGAGGCUGCCAGGUGAAACGUGUGGGGACGGUGAACCUGAUGCCUCAUCUGCUGUCUGUGCCGCACUGGACAUAAAAGACCACGAUCCGAUGGACGCGAUGUACAAGCAAGCGGCCCCUCAGUUAUUAAACGAACUGGCUCGCCUGCUUUCACAACAUAACUGGACAGAGGAGGGGUGUAUUCCUCAGGGGGUUGUAAAUUUUCUGAACUACUCCUGGCAGGAUUUGACUGCAGGGGCGGUGCAACCGAAAGGUCCGGAAAAGACUUUGCAGAAACGGCGGAGGUCCAAAGGUUCCUUGAAGUCGGGGGGUGAAAGUGCCCAGCGCCAGGUGUCCGCCAGUGGCAAGAGGGAGACGGCAGGAGACAGAAGCCCGUGUGUUGUGGGAAGUGCUGGGUCCUCUGAGAGAAAACCACAAGUUAGCUUGAAUCCACGUGUGAAAAAGCGGAAACAAAACUCCAAUGGAGCAGCUCACAGCUCCUCAUCCGUCAGUUUCUCCAUCUCCUCCAGCAGCUGUAAAGGUGCAGGUUGGAUCGUUCAGCCAAAGCAGCCCUCCUAUGAUGAGCCUCAGCGGAUCAGAUUGUGUCAGUGGGUGGUGGAGCGACUGCGGGCAGCAAGAAGUCCUGAAAAACUGCAAACAGCUGGGCAGAACCUGAACAAGCCACUCAUACUCAGGCACUAUGGAGAAGCAAAGGCAAAACUGAAGGACAGGAGGACCAGGAGAAAGGCCCAGCCUGCCACUUUAGUCAAUGGGAUACCCCAGAUACCAGAAGUGAAGCAGCAGGAUCCAGCGCAGCAGAAACUACACUACAGGGUCAACGACGGCUCCUCAUUCAUUUACUACCCAUCUGGUUGUAUGGCAGUGUGCCAGAGCCACUCAGGUCUGCCCUGCGGAGGCUUCUAUACCAACGUGUUCAGUGACAGCGAGUGUCCUGUUAUCCUGGCGACUAUCACAGCGUUUGGGCACGGGGCUGUUACACACCCUCUUAGCUUGUCUAUUACAGCAGUGUGGGACCAGAACGGUGGAUUCAUGUGUGACCGCUAUGGGAACAUAACUAAGGAGUGGAGCUGGCAGACUAAUCGUUCACUGAAGAUCAUUAUACAGUUGUCAGAUUUGAUCUCUGUGAGGUUGCUCAGUGGUACCUCUGCCAUGCUCAUCUUCAGGUGUAACAAUGAGAGUGUUCAACUUCCUCUUUCUGCCCUGUCAAAUAUUAACCGCACAAAGGAAAUGCCAUGCUUACACACUGAUGGAAGGUUUACCUCUGAUGCUGCUCAAGACCUCCUGCUGUCGAGGAAGACAGUAUCCCCCGCUGUGGUCCUAGAGAGCAAGAAGAACCUGACACUAACACAUGUGUCUGUGUGCUCCCAGAUUGGCAGGGAGGUGGAGAGGUCAGAGGAGCCGUCAGCACAGUGGAGAAGAGGAGAACCUGCUGGCAGGGAGCUGAAAAGGCUUCAGAAGAGAGUAUGGAACACCCUGGAUGACUGGCUGGAUUAUUAUCGUGCAGCCAUCGGUAUCAAGUGUCCAGACACGGAGCGGAUGCCAGAUGCCCCGCUGAGGACCAGGCUGAAGAGAGAGGUGCAGUCAGCUGCUCUGCCCUCCCUGAACCCACCUGAGUGGACAGAAGCGAAACCGGUCCAGCCGGAGGAGCGCAGGAAUGAGCCACAGGAGCUGCACAAACACCCGUCAGCAGCACCAGCAGAAAGACCUGCUGACUCCUCCGUCAGGCUGCCAAGGGCACCUAAAAAGCGAGGAAAGGAGGAGCCCCGUGUGACACAGAUAGGACCUCUUCAAAUUCAUGGCAACAUCAAACUUGAGUCAGUGAUUAUUCUACAGGGUCCAGAGUCGCAGCCUGCAGCUGUCACCCGCUGUCCAGCCCCACCAUCAUUCACCUCCUCCGUCCCCCUCACGGUGUGCCCUGUGCUGCUGAGAGCUGCCCUGCUGGGGGAGGGGGGACGGAGGCGGUGCUGCUGCAGUGUUACGCUGAUGCCAGUGGUGACAGACCUGGAGUACGAUACCUUCGUGAUGGGCCAGCCUCCACACAGUCAACAGAUCCUGGUGGUGUGUGUGACUUCGCCACGGCAGCCCGUCAGCAGCGCACACGCGGCGCCCGAGCAGGACGCGCUGGAGCAGCUUUACAGGAGGAGGAACAAGCACAGAACCAUGCCAUGUACUCAGUGCCAGAUGGAUUCAUUUCGCCUGGUGAGGUAUGAGAUGUCAACAGGGAAGCCCGGCUGUGGAUUCGAGAACAUCCUGCUGCAGCAGCGACACAAUGCUGCUCCUGGGAUGGUCCUGAUGUAUAUCAGAGGGAAGCUGCUGUUUGUGGGAUACAUAUACAGCGGUCACAGCUGCUCAGUCAGGGACCUUCAGAAGCAAAUCUCCAGAACCAGGGCAGACUACAGAUUAGGCCUGAGCCUCCCAUCAGACUACAAGUUCAGUGAUACAGUGAAUGACCCUAUAGUCACAGAUGCGCUCAACUCACAAGAUGCAACACCAAAAGGAAUAGGUGACGUAACAGUGUCUGCGUCAGUGGGGAAGGAAAAGCCCAAUGAGAGAAAAAACAUUAAAGUUCCUGAGGCGUCACACCAUCGUCAGAGGGGCUUUUAUAUCAAACCAAAAAAGACUCCUGCAUUUCCUCAUGUUCCUGUUACUACACACUGAAUAUACACCAGUGACAGGAUUAACUCUCUAUCAGUCUCCAGAGUUACCAAAGUGCACUAACCGUCGGCUAAUGCUUUAGGUUAAUGUGGAGUCAGACUGCAAACAUCUAAUUUGCUUACCUUGCAGGUUUGCACCACUGAUUAGUCUAAUCUGUAACUGAGAUGCAAAAUACCUUUCAGUUUUUGACAGUAAAAAGCAAACUGGAAACUCUUGUGGGUAUCAGGGCAAAAGAUCAUCUAAUAUAAUCAGUGAGUGCAGAUGUUCCAGUGUUUUCUGAAUAAUGGGCUUUUUAUCUUAUGUAAAUAUCCGUUGGAUGUAUGUGUAUUUGUCGUAUUUUUUCAAUAGAGAUGAGUAAAA